UUUUAUCCACUGAAAGAACCUUAGAGGGUGUAAAAUGCAACUUUAUUGCGCCGCUUGUGCUUUUCCCCUCGGGUUUGAUAUUUCAACAGGCCUUGUAUGUAUUGGUUGCUUUUGUUCCAAUGCAGGCAAAUGGAUUCCAUAUCAGUGUGAAAUAGCAGCUUACAGAUCCCUGCUGGCCUCCGUUCCAUGGCCUGUCUGUGGGAAGAUGCUGUAGCAGAAAGUAGAAUGGAGUGGAUGGCCACAUUUUAAACUAAGUGUGGUUGUUUGCUUUAAUUGUUUGUGUUGUUAACUUGGAUUUAACGUGUUCUUGUAGUGUACGUAUGUCAUUGCAGUUGGUGGAUUACAGUGUAAUUCAGCGCGUUCGUAGACUUCUGGCAGAAAUAAGUUGUAAUUAACCUUUGUUUCCUUAUCAGACGAGCUAAAAUACUCACAGUUUUUGCCUUGUAAUCUUUAGCCAUGGAUUUGCUGGCAGUAAACAGGUUAUUUGCAGGCAUCCCAGGCAUCCCUUUGAUGGAUUUAGCGCAGUGUGCAGUGAUUCUAUGGUUCAGACGCAGGGGGGAGGAAUGUUCCCUUGACCAUUAGUGUCAUUAGUGCACGGAGACAGGACAGAAGUGACAGCCCUGGGCUGUAAGGCCCUUAUGUGCACAGAUGUGUUCUUCUCUAUGUGGACUGAAGUUGUUCAGGCCUUGAGCUGCCGUCGCUGGGAUGCUCUGAAGGUGCUCGGGUGCUUCCCAUAGCCCAGUGCAGUGCUCGGGUUGAAAUGCAGUUAGGGGAGAGGCUUGGGCUUCCUGGAGAUUGAUGCUAUUUUAGACAAGGCUUUUACCUGUCACAUGCAUGAGAACCUAACAGGCUUUUCUUUGAGUCCAGGCUGAAACAAAAGCACAGAUGUCACAUCACUCACAUUCCUGCAGCUCGGGAGAAGUGAGGGGCAGGCACUGCCAGCAGCAGGGGGGACACAAGGCAGGCACUGUUACUUAUAGGGACUGAAUGCCUUUCCGGGGUGUGGGGCAGGGACACCUCAGCCUGGCAGCCACAUAAGGCAUCCGAGCAAAGUCCAAGAAGAGCGAUUUAUGGGAAUCCCAGGGCUCUGUGGGCCGAGUGUUGUGAGAUGGGCUGGUGUCGUUUGCUAGGAGCCCUGGUGCUGCUGUCAUCCAGGAGAUGUUGGUGAGUGCUGUGUGGGGCUGCACUAUGGCUGAGGUGUCUGCAGACGAGUGCUGGAGAUGAGGAAAAGAACCAUGCAAUCAGGAACCAUGUAAUCAGAGCUGGCAGAUCAGGGCUAGCGUUUGUUUUAGCCUGGAAUGGGCCAUUGGACUGCCCUGGGUGGAGGGAGCUGGUGUCAUAAUGCCAUCCUCGUUGUACAAGGCAGCAUGGCACGACCAAGGUGUUCACAGGCUGGCUAACCUGAAUCCUUCCUCUACCCAUAUCCUAAGGGAACAAGUUGAAAUCAUCGCAGAAGGAUAAAGUGCGUCAGUUCAUGGUCUUCACACAAUCGAGUGAAAAGACAGCGGUGAGUUGUCUGUCCCAGAAUGACUGGAAGCUGGAUGUUGCAACAGACAACUUCUUCCAGAAUCCUGAACUUUAUAUACGAGAGAGUGUUAAGGGAUCAUUGGACAGAAAGAAGUUAGAACAACUAUAUAACAGAUACAAAGACCCUCAAGAUGAAAAUAAAAUCGGUAUAGAUGGUAUACAGCAGUUCUGUGACGAUCUAGCUCUUGACCCAGCCAGCAUUACUGUACUCAUAAUUGCAUGGAAGUUCCGAGCUGCAACGCAGUGUGAAUUUUCAAAGCUGGAAUUCAUGGAUGGAAUGACUGAGCUGGGGUGUGACAGCAUAGAAAAACUAAAGGCUCAGAUUCCUAAAAUGGAACAAGAGUUAAAAGAGCCGGGAAGAUUUAAGGAUUUUUAUCAGUUUACUUUCAACUUUGCAAAGAAUCCAGGACAGAAAGGUUUAGAUUUAGAAAUGGCCAUUGCCUACUGGAAUUUAGUACUUAAUGGAAGAUUUAAAUUUCUAGACUUGUGGAACAAAUUUUUGUUGGAGCAUCAUAAAAGAUCGAUACCUAAGGACACCUGGAACCUCCUUCUAGACUUUAGUACAAUGAUAGCAGAUGAUAUGUCAAACUAUGAUGAGGAAGGGGCAUGGCCAGUUCUUAUCGAUGACUUUGUGGAAUUUGCACGCCCUCAAAUUGCUGGGACAAAAAGUACGACGGUGUAGCACUAAAGGACCCUUACAGAGUGUACAUAGUCUGUACAAAUACCUGAAAUGGAAAAUUGCACAGUCAAUUUCUGCUGGCUGGACUGAACUGAAGAUCAAUCCUCACGAUGUGGCUGAGGGUUGAGACAAACCUUUAAAGAUACAUCAUGGACCAUAUCAUAAUUCAUCCUUCUACUGGUGGUUUGGGCUUUUCUUCUAGCCUGGACCGCUCCUGCCCGUUACAAUUCCAACUUUGUGGAUUGAUUUCAUCAUGGAUGAUUACUUUUCUCCUGGACUGCCCCAGUUUCAGCUCCCAUAAGUCCGAGCAGCUUUAUAAUGAUUUGAGGUUUCUGGUUUCACAUAAAGCACAAUGCUGGUCAUCAUCAGACAACUGUUGUGUGGCAUCCGAAUUAUACAGCUCAACAUCAGAACCGUUUUUAAAAGAAUCCUUAAAUAUACACUUGGGGUUAGUUGCAAAGACAGUCUUGAUAGCACUUCCUGUAAUGGUGAUAUAUUUAAGUGUACUGGGUCCGAUUUUGCUUUUUUUUUUUUUUUAAAUUAAAUUUAUUAUUUUUUUUCCCUUUUCUGGAGAACUGCAGGUAUCGUCUGAGUGAGUGUGAGCGUCCGGUAAUAGCAGUUACAGAAAGAACCAGGAAAGCUUCAGGUUGUUGAUACUGGGGUGUCUGGGUGCCUGUCUGCAAGGCUCCAUUGUACGUCAGCUGCCCCCGAGAACAGUACAAGUACGACACAAGUCCUGUGUGCUUACAGCAGCCGUGUGGGGCCUUCGGUGAGAGGAGCCGUGUGUGUAAGGGCAGGUUGUGAUAUUCUCUAGCUCCUUACCUAAGGAAAUAGAUUUUGUUGCCGUUUUGAGAUGCUUCUGUCACCGAAAAGCUUUCUCAGUGUGGAAAUGUAAAACUUGAAUAUGCUGAAUUUGUGUCUUAACGUUUGCUACACAACACAGUAUUUCAGAUUCAGGCGUGGGACUUUUGUGCGUGAGGUGUGAAGAAGCAAAAUGGCCCUGUUAGAAGAUGGUGUGUUUGAUCUGAAACCUGGUUUUGAAACCAUUGUUCUGAGAAGUUCAGUCUUCAUAACAUAGAGGUACUGCCGCUAUGGAUGACAGCGAUUUGUAUUUACUUUGUUGAGCUUUCCUUACAAGGACAUUUCACUGUGGUUGCCAAAUAUAGAAGUGAAGCGCAAAGCAUUUCCAGGCAGACACGGAUCUCAUAUCAACUACUACACUGGCUUCGUUUCCUUUAAGUUAUUUUGUUGGUUCAUCACUACUUCUCAUCGUCUCACUGCAUUUAAUUAAACCAAGUUCCUUUUGUUCAGAACAGGUGUUACCAGAUGCAGUCCUUUAUUUUUAAUGUUGCAAGAGCUCACGAGCUGCUGUUGUGCUAAACGUGGUCUUCUGCUGCUGAGUUGCUAUGGGGAAAGAGAUGUUCUCUGCAGGUCAGUUCUGCUCUGUAAAAGCAAGGUGGAAAAUGCAAAGCUCCGGGAAAGCAGAGAGCCAGUAGUUACCAUUAAGGGUAGAGGUGAGAGUCCAUGUGCUGAACAGUCCCAUGGUAAGGCUGGAAUGACUUCAGAAAUAGUAAGUGGUAGUUGCAGUAAGCAGCAGAACGCUUCUCUGUGGAUGUUCAAGGAGUUUAAGGGGAAAACAAAAAAGAAAAAACCAACCAGAAACAACCUGUUAAAUUCCUACAAGUGUGUGUUUCCAUUCUGUGAGGUUUGCCCAUAAGGCCACGUCGCUCCCCUCACAGCAGCACCCUCUGAAAACCCACCUGCAUUUCUUUCUGUAAUUCGGUCCCACAGACACACUGCAGACUUUCUCCAGCUCCUGGAAUUGGCUAUGCCAAAAAAUGGCUGUUUUGCUGCUUUCAGUAUUUCCUUUUUAAGUUUUGUGUACAUAUAAAUGGGGACUUGAGAUGAGGGGUGGGGGUGUGUGUGGAAGAAGCUCUACAAGGUAUCUAUGCGUGCUGUUUUCUGUCCUGAGGGUUCUGGUACAGUUUCAGGUUGAUUUGUUCGCGUGCUGUGUCUGGGAUGUGAACCGACUCUGGUUGUAUUUAGUCCCAGGACAGUCUUGUCCCUUGAAAGAAGCCCGAGGUGGGCAGUGGCAUAAGGCCGUGCUGUUUUAAAGAGUGUUCCUUUAGAAUGCAAGAUCUUUCCAACAAAAUAGUGUUGUCAUCAGUUUGGUACUACGUGCUUAUAAUUACUGUGUAAUUAUAAAGAAAUACAUAAAACUUUUGACUUACUAUGUUGCAGAAAAGGGUUAUUUGUGCUGCGAUGGCAUCUUCAGAGGUUUUCAAGAAGCACUGAUGUAACAGGGUGUUUGUUCUAAGGACAAAAUGCCUGGUGAGAGAAUAUUUUGUACUGAAAAGUGCUCGGAAAUGGCCAUUGGGUGUGUUUCUUUUUUCCUUUCUGUUUUGGUUUUGUUACGAAUGCAGCCAGUCGCUUCCUUGGAUUGCUUUGGUUCGUAAGUGCUUCUGUCCUCAAUCUGAGAACCUGCCCUUAAUGGAUCGAUUGAGUUUUGCCAAAUGUGAGGAGCAAAAGGUAAACGUCACACUGAUAAUCUGUUUUUAUACAUGAAGUCUGUACAAGAUUAGAAGUGCCCUGAUAUAAAAACACUUAAUGUCAAGAUUAUAUUUAGUAAAAAAAAAAACCCAUCAUUUACAUAUCUCUGUAAGUUCAAAUGUAACUUCUUACAAUCCCUCGCAUUACCAACAGAGGCAAUAAAGCUCCAAUGAAAUUGCCGUGACCAAGUCUUCUCAUGCAUUGUUUCAAUCUAUUAUUUGUAAGGCAUCUCUAGACUGUUUUUUAACCACAAACAGGGAAGUGUGGAAUGUUUGUCCCUGGCGUAAAACACACACUUGAUGGUGGGUGAGUCUUUUGCGAUGUCUUGCCUACUGCUUAUGCGGAACGUUUACAGGUACAGAAUGGAGCUGAUCUUACCCAGCUGUGCUGCAUUAACAUCACCUGGCACGCAGUGGAAGACACCACACACAGUGCAUUUGAUUCAGUAAGUUGGGUUACAGACUGCAGCACCAUAAAGUGACUUUUUUUGUUGACCAGCCUGUUAAUGCGUAACUUAUGAAUUGCUUCAAAACUGUUUUACAACAAACUCCUUGCAGAGAACUCCUUAUUUAAGAAAGAUAUAAUUUUUUUAAGAAUGCAUUUAAUAAACUUUUGUCAAGCACACUUGGUUUUAAAUAACAGUGCCAGACGUCUCUGUAGAUUUUAUUUGUGUGGUAACGCUGCCUGUGUUUGGUUUUUAAGUCCUCUGAGCAUUCAGAGAGCAGACAGCCCUGUACGUAGUUGAUGAAAUGGUAACGUUAGCGCUGAGAAAGAGGCUUUUGCCUUGUAGUACUAAGCAGAAUGGCUGAGAAUCAACAGGUGAGAGCAGCGAAGGAGCUCAGCUCUGCAGUUGGAACAGCUGCCUCUGCCAGUCGCUCCUUUAGUCUGAAGGAUGGACAUUUAAACAGGUACUUGCCAUGGGUGGUUCUGAUUGUCCUGCUUUUUUUCCUCUAAGAACCUAUACAGUAUUAUAUACAGUGUAUGUAUAUACCUCUAGUAUUAUAGUUACUUCAGUUCUCAUGUUACUUAGCAAAAGAAACUGGCACUUCAUGUUUCCUUUAAUGCUUAAUUCUUUGGCAUAUUCCAUGAGCAAUGGGAUGUGCAAGGUGGUUGGUAAGGUGAAGUCUGUCUGUCUGCCUGUCCAGCUGUGUGUGAUUCCAGCUGUCUGUCCAUCCCUUGUCUCCUUGUCUUUGUGUACCUGUCUCUGUGCCCAUCCAUCUGUGUGGCCCUGCUGGACUGUGCCUGUUCUCCUCCUCUGUGACUGAAGGUGGGGAUGGAGGGGCAGCAGCCUCACAGCUCUCACCCAUCUUUUCCUCUGACCCGUAAUCAAAGCAAUGACUCAGCUGUAAGCGAAACUUUUAUUUAAUAAAUAUAAUUAAUUUCCAUAAACCAUAAAGCAACUUCUACUGCCUGAGCUGCACGAUGCGCAAGCACACAGACUCGCUGUCAGCGUCAGAAGGAACACGAGGCAGCCACAGUGUCACAGGUCCAGAAUUCUUAAUGCUAAUUAUUGCUACAGUUGCCAGUUGCCAGUGAUCCUUAAUUACCUAAAAUUAAGGAUUACCUGGUUACAAUGGUACCUCACGUGCUUUACCCAUUCACGUUGUCUUUUUUCUCAGGAAAAAAAAUAGGAGUGAGGAGAACUGGAUGCCUCUCCCAGGAAGGAGGAGUGAGGGAGGUGUGCAAUGGGAGCUACAAUAGGAACAGAGCUGGACAUGUAAAGAAUCCCCUCCUUGCUGUAUCGUUGUAUCUGAAAGCAAACUCUGUUAUGACCCGUGCCAGCAAGAGAGGAAAACAGUCACGUAUGUGUGUAUACUUUUUAAACUCAUUGCCACAGUGCAGAAAAGAGGAGAAUGACUGAACUCUGCUGCUACUCCAGGUGGAGGUGCUGAGGACACACACGCUGGAUCCCAGGCAGGUGAAGCGCAGGGCUUUGGUUAGGCAAGAAGUCGCCCUGCUGGAACCUGCAGUGUUUUCCGACUCUUCCCACUUGGUGUUACACGCCGGAGAGAUCUUCCACCCAUGUCCCAUCAGGUUUUAUUCGUGUCCAUGCAUUUAUACAAACCAGAAACAACAACAUAGAAGUCGUAUCUACAAUGACAACUUUAUAUACUUAUUGCAAAACAACGAGGUAACAUGGCAACACCCAGAGCAAGGCGAGUACAUCAACGUGAUGAGAACAUUCCUGUUAACAAAAGCGUGGGCAGCAGAGCCAGCGGACAUUGCUAGGAGCAGCUGGAGGCUCUAGGAGAAGCUGAAGGCUCGCAAAUACCGAUGCGAAUGCAUGUCUAAGCUGAUCGAGGGCAAGAGUUAGGUGGUGCAGCCAUGAGCAUCCCAUCCUUCCUCCUGAGCUUAAAUUGAGUCAUUCAAAUAGAAAGCAGAAACCAGAGAGGUCAGUCAUAGCACUAGAAGCAAACAGAAGCAAAGAAGAUACAAACCAGCCAACAACAAAGAGCCACAGAAGAAAAA